AUGCCUCUGCAAGCACAACCUCUCAAUCUGAAUUUAAUGGAGGAAGCAAUUACUAAACUGACAGAAGUGGUCAACAAUAUAAUGAAUCAAAACAACCUUCCAAACCAAAACAAUAAUCGUCAACCCAACACUAAUUCCCAAAAUGCUAAAACCCAAGAGGCUAUACAGACUUUGUUAAAUUUGCUUAACCCAACCUCACCAGAAAAUGAAGCUCAAAACUUUUUAAAUAUUCAUGAGGAAGCUCCCUAUACAGGAUUGCAGCCAGGUCUAGAAUUGACAAUGAAAGGACAUGUGAAGCUGUUAAAGAAAAAAAAGAUAAGGCUAAGCCCUCAACUCAAGCACAGCCCUCUUCAAGAAAGCUGCACUCCUAGAAUCACUAAGUCAGAAAAAGCCUCAAAAUUCGAGGAAGAGGAGACCAAGAGUAAAUAUAAAGAAGAAAAACCAGAAGACCAAAUCUUCAGUUAUUUUGAAGAAGAUGAAUCUUUAACCUUGGGCCUUUCUUUAUUUUCUGAACCAGUUGAGUUUGAUUUUGUCUCUCUAGAGAAUUGGGGUGCUCAUAUAGCCUGGUGGAAUUUGAAUAGUAAUGAUGAAUACCUGGAAGAAGAUAUUUCUGAUUUCAAUAUUGACAAGCCAGACAAAGAUCAUGAUUUUUUUUUUAAAGACAUCGAGGAGCCUUCUUUCAAGUUAGAUAUCAACUUAGGACAUACUUGUUUAGUUAUUCACAAAAUUCACACUGGCGAUGCUGCUUCUAUAAGACAAAAGCCCUACCGUACUGCUUCUAGAGAGAGGGAGUUUCUUGAAGAAGAAAUUGGUCGCAUGCUAGAAGAAAGUGUUAUACAACCCUCUGAUAGUCUAUGGGUCUCACCUAUAGUCUUGAUUAAACAAAAG